AUGGAUGUGCCAAGGUGCUGCCUCCUUCUGUUGGUGCUGAGUGCUGUGCUGGCUGUGGGGGCCAUAGAAGGAUCCAGGAACCAGGACUGGAUUGGUGUCCCACGGCAACUUGGAACUAACGCCUGGAACAGGCAGCUGUACCCCGAGUGGACGGAGGUGCAGCGGCCCGACUGCUGGAGAGGGGGCCAGGUGUCUCUGGAGAUCAGAAAUGACGGGCCUACGCUGGUUGGUGCAAACACCUCCUUUUCCAUUGCCCUGCAGUUCCCUGAAAGUCAAAAGGUGCUGCCAGAUGGGCAGGUUAUCUGGGCCAACAACACUGUUCUCAAUGGGACCCACGUGUGGGGAGGACAGCCGGUGUAUCCACAGGAAGCUGAUGAUGCCUGCAUCUUCCCUGAUGGCGGACCCUGCCCGUCUGGUCCUCAGCAUCCAAGAAGAAGCUUUGUCUAUGUUUGGAAGACCUGGGGACAAUACUGGCAAGUUCUGGGGGGCCCAGUGUCCAGGCUGAGCAUUGCAACGGGCCACGCGAGGCUGGGCACACACACCAUGGAAGUGACUGUGUACCACCGACGGGGCGCCCAGAGCUACGUGCCCCUUGCUCACGCCAGUUCCACCUUCACCAUUACUGACCAGGUCCCCUUCUCCGUGAGUGUGUCCCAGCCGCAGGCCUUGGCCGGAGGAAACAAGCGCUUCCUGAGAAAUCAGCCUCUCGUCUUUGCCGUCCAGCUCCACGAUCCCAGUGGCUAUUUGGUUGAGGCUGACCUCUCCUACACGUGGGACUUUGGAGACAACACUGGAACCCUGAUCUCUCGGGCAGUCGAGGUCACUCAUACUUACCUGGAGCCCGGCUCAGUCACUGCCCAGGUUGUACUGCAGGCCGCCAUUCCCCUGGUUUCCUGUGGUUCCUCCCCAGUCCCAGGUACCACAGAUGGCAACAUGCCAACUGCAGAGGUACCCGGAACCACAUCUAGGCAAGGGACCACUUCAAAAGUUGGUACGACAGCUGGCCAGAUGCCCACUCCAGAACCCUCUGGAACCACAGUUGUACAAAUGCCAACCACAGAGGGUAGAGCUACUACCUCUGAGCAGCCACUGACCUCAGCGGUCCUAGAUACCACACUGGCAGAGAUGUCAACUACAGAGGGUAUCGGUACCACAGCCACAAGGCCCUCUGGAGCCACAGUUACACAAGUAACGACCACGGUGCUCGUAGAAACUACCACUGAAGACUUACCCACUCCUGAACCUGAGGGUCCAAAUGCCAGCCCAUUUCUGCCAACAGAAAGUUCUACAGGGCCCGUCACCCCUCUCCCGGAUGGCACAGACACCUUAAUGCUUGUGAAGAGACAAGUUCCCUUGGAUUGUGUUCUCUAUCGAUACGGUUCUUUUUCUCUCACCCUGGACAUUGUCCAGGGUAUUGAAAAUGCUGAGAUCCUGCAGGCUGUGCCAUCCAGUAGAGGUGAUGCAUUUGAGCUGACUGUGUCCUGCCAAGGCGGGCUCCCCAAGGAAGCCUGUGUGGACGUCUCAUCACCAGGGUGCCAGCUCCCUGCCCAGAGGCUGUGCCAACCUGUGCCACCAAGCCCAGACUGCCAGCUGGUCCUACACCAAGUACUGAAAGGAGGCUCAGGGACUUACUGCCUCAACGUGUCUUUGACUGAUGCCAAUAGCCUGGCAGUGGCCAGCACCCAAAUUGUUGUUCCUGGUCAAGAAGGUGGCCUUGGGCAAGCUCCGUUGCUUGUAGGUGUCUUACUGGUGUUGAUGGCUGUGGUCCUUGCAUCUCUGAUAUACCGGCACAGACUUAUGAAGCGGGGCUCAGUUCGUCCUGUUUCCCAAAUGCCACAUGGUAGCACCCACUGGCUACGCCUGCCCCCAGUCUUCCGCACCUCCCGCCUUGGUGAAAACAGUCCGCUCCUCAGCGGGCAGCAGGUCUGA